AGCCCCUGGACAGGAAAAGGAAGGAGCUGGGGCGUGGGACAUUACGCCGUGGGAGCAGCACCAGUCAGUGUCCUCUUAUCCCACGGACACAACACAGCAGCAGGGACAGGAGAGGGAUUCAGAUACAGACACUUGUUGGACUCUAGGAAGAAGGUCCUCUAACCAGGAUGAACUUUGCCGCUCAAUUAUUCUACUCGAGCUAUUUGAGCGAGCGACUUGAGCGUUUGUACUCACCACGGCCGGCCCUUAAAGACAGCGAGGAGAAUGACCCCUUCUGGCAGAGAGAGGAGUUGUAUCUGGGCCCCAGUCAGCCCGGCAGCUCUUACAAAUAUGGUCCCAUCAGUAACGGCACCGUGGGCCGCAGACCCACCCUUAUUGAACCGGAGCGUCUGAAGGACUUUGGUGUGGAAGAACUUCUCAACGGUGAUGUGAAAGUCCAUGAAACCAAAGUAGUGAUGGCUCCUGAGGUUGUCCUCAUGGACCCCCCCAAAACCAGACGUGUCAGCGAGUUCAGGAUGAUCCCGAGACCUCCUGCCCAGUACCUCCGCUUCGAGGACAUCAGCGCGGCAGCCUUCAGGAUCCAGUCAGGGAUGCAGAAGACGCCUUGCACGUACUCCAGAUUGUCCAAACAGUACGGGAUGGAGAUCUACCUGAAGAAGGAGCACCUGCACUACACCGGCUCUGUGAAGGAGAGAGGAGUGCUGUACCUGCUCACCUCCCUCACGCAGGAGCAGCAAAGGAUGGGUGUGAUCGUGGCCACUGACUGUAACUUCUCCAUGGCCGUGGCGCACCAUGCGGUGGAGCUGAAGAUCCCGGUGUUUGUCAUCAUGCCGUCAAGUUGCUCCUCGCCCCGCCUCAGGAUCUACAGAGACUACGGCGCCAUGGUUAUCUCCUACGGCAGCACCGGCCGCGAUUCCCAGAACCACGCCUGCCAUCUGGCCAGGGAGAAUGGAUACCUCUACCUGGAAGAAGAUGAAAAUGCAGCGUACCUGGCAGGACUGGGCACUGUGGGCAUGGAGAUCUAUGAACAGGUGCCCAAACUGGAGGCAGUGGUCAUUCCUGCUGCAGGACAGUAUGGUCUACUGGCUGGCACCGCUGCAGCCAUCAAACACCUCGACUCUCGCAUUCUUGUCAUAGGAGUUGAACCAGACGAUUUCCCUUUGCUGCUACAAUCUCUGAAAACGAACGGUCCAAUCAAAGACAUGCACAGCAACCCCAAUAAGAAACUUUAUGGAGAUCUCAUGGAGCAUUCACUUGGUGUUAACACCUUUCAGCUGGCAAAGAAACUGGUGGACAAAGUCAUCACUGUCAGCGAGGAAGACUCUCUGGUGGCAAUGCUGCGGUUUCAGGAAUUUGAACGCUCCACUGUGGACACAGAGGGAGCCAUGGGAUUGGCUGCCAUUUUGGCCGGACAACUACCAGAACUAAAAGGCAAAAAGGUGGCUGUGGUGGUGAGCAGCGCUAACAUGGAGCUGGAAGUGGUGAGGCAGUGCAUGGACCGAGCUUUGGUGUUGGACAACCGGAUCAGUAAGUUCUCAGUGCAGCUGGGAGAGUGGCCAGGAGACAUGGCUAAGCUGCUGGAUGUUCUGACCAGAGAGGACGUCAGGUUGUUGGACGUCUGCCAUCGUAGACACAGCGAUAAGUCAGAGCUCUUCAAGGCAAAGGUGGAGUGUGUGGUGGAAACCAGGGAUAAGAUGCAGAGCGCUCAUCUGCGCAAGACGCUGAGCGAGCGCUACCCCUCUAUAUGCUGGCUGGACCGGUGAUCACAGCGAAAUCCUAAACACAAAACUAGACUGACUAAAAACAGAUUCCUGCCAUCGGGAUAACACAUGCAAACCAUUCCUGCAACAAACACACACUCUUAUGAUAUGCAAGCUCUGUUAUAUGAGACUCAUUAAGAGAAUGCUUGGUCAGCAAACCUAAAUGUAUACAGAAAAGCCUUGAGAUUAUAGCGCAAAUCUACAUGUUCCUUCUAUUACUAAUGCUGCUUUUGUUCUUCUUCAUCAUGGCACCUUAAAUAUACUGUGAAGCGGUUAAACUGCAUCCCAGUUGAUGAUGCUAAUUCUAAGUGAAUGCUAUGGCGGAUUCAGACUAUUUUUAUAGUGGUUCCCAACUUGGGCCAUUUAAUGGGUUAACAUUGGGCUGGCACAUAAUAAAGUAUUUUUCUCUGUGUUUUAAAUUACUGUAGGGCCACCAGUAGCCAAGAUUUUUCUUCAUUUACUCUUAUUAUAUAAGCUUUUUAUGUAACCCUCAAGUGAUUAAAUAAAUCUGUAACAGUGGAUAAAGCUUUUUUUCCCAGUUGUUGGUAAAGCAUAUAAGCUAAUUACAAUUAAAAUGUGUCCCUAUAGAGAAACGGUUCUGCAAAAAAACCUAUUUGAGUUCUGUGAGUGUGUGUCGAGCCCUCUGGGUCUUCAUUAACGGCUGUCAUGGGUGGCCACGCUUUAGUCUGUGGUGGCCAACUUGUGGCUCCGCCCCCUGGCAGAACGUGGAUCAGUCUGCAUUAGCUAAAGGGUGGAGUGUGACUUCUGUAGCGCACAUACAGCUUCACUAUAUAAGGUCUAUUUUUCAUUAAAUGUUCUUUUUAAAAUGCUGUAAAUAUUUCUGUAUUUGUACUGUCCACAGUGGCAGUUUCAACCCUCCUAAAAGUGUUCUCCAAAUAAAACUCCGGACAAAUGAA